UGGAAGAAGUAAUAUGCUAGAAAGUGCCACAGGGAGGUGCUGUUUGGUUUUAGAACUGAAUUUCUGUCUUGUGGCCAUGAAGUAGGCAGAUUAGCUUGAAAAUGCAGACAGUUUUUCAUGCUGGUUUGCUGCUUAUUCAUGUCAAUAAGAGCUAAAAAAAAAUCUUGCUGGUCAGGCCUUGAUCUCAUGAUAGUCAUGAGAAUUCCAUACAGAGGUUUAGGGGUGGAAAACAAGAAGCAGCAUUGCAAAUACCAUCACUAAAUCCUGGAAUAUAGACCUUAACGGACGUGAACACAAGCUUCUAACAAGGACUGCAGAAAUGCCAAAAACUGAUUACACUCUGCAAGGAGGUUUUGGUUUGAGGGGAGAUGGACUUUACCUAAAAUUAGAAGAGGCCGUUGGCAUUGCUAUUCUGGUAAUAAUCAUUUUAAUCCUACUGAUAAUCGGUUGCUGGUACUACAAGAAACGUAAUGGAUACUUGAUACUCCAGAGUCGACAAGCACCUAAUAGUGCAGUUAGUUCCUUCAUGCCAUCACUCCAUCACAGUGAAGAAGGAACACCUUUGGAGACCAAAGAUACGAUGAAAGAUUACACUCAUUCAAAUCUGAUUGCAAAUGCUCCUCCUGCGUAUGAGAAAACUGCUUCAGAGCAAAUGCCACCGGCAUAUUACCCUUGAAAUGACAGUGCACAAUAGUUCAUCACUGCUGACGAAUCAUCUAUUUCCAUUCAUAGAAAUGUAACCUUUGUAUGGUGUGCAUUAAUAACUUGCACAUUAAUGUCCUGUUUGCAUGUGCUGCAAUAAACAAAGUUAAUCUGUCUA